AUGGCCAGAAUGGGCAACAAUGGGAAUAGAAAAUCUUCCUAUAAUACUCGUGAAGUUAAUUAUAAUGAAUUCUUAGAUUUGAAAAAACUUGCACAAUAUACUAUUGUUAAUAAGAAAGAGGAUCAAAAAGGGCAAACGGUCAACUGGUUAAAGGUAAAGUGUUUUAAGUAUGAGAAACAGUUUCCUAGCAUUCUACAGUACAAGUAUAAUUUUCACGACGACUAUAAAUAUAUUAACGUUAGUUUUGUACGUGUCGUGCUUCUAACAGAACAGUCAAAGAGGAUAAUAAUAAUGAAAAUUUGGUUAUUCCUCAAUUAUAUUCUAAACAGCUUCCAAUUUCGGAUGCAAAGAAAAAAGAUUUGA